AUGGGAUCAGGUUAUCAAACGAUCGAUGUUAUAGUUUCAUCUGUUGAUUCACAAAAUUCAUCUAUUGCAGCAGUAAUCGACCGAAUCAAAAUAAGUCAAGAAUUAGAGAAGAAACUGGACGAAGUACAUCCGAAAAGAGCUCCAGAGCUAUUUAUGUAUUGUAAGUAUCCACGAGCCGUUGUGAUGAUUGAUUAUACAUUAGACGAAGCGAUACUAACCUAUCGUAAAUUGUUUAAUUCAACACUGGACGAGAAACCUUCGAAAUGUGAUACAAGUAAAUUAUUAGAUCGAAUCGAUCAGUCAACAUUCGAUUUCUGUAAAGUUAUUGUCGAUUUUGGCGGUGGAUUUAAAACUGAGCAUUUACAUCUGACUCAAUGUGCUUUUCCAGACGCUAUCAUCUACUCAGUCGAUAUUCUCUAUGAAGAUCUUGAUUUAUUGGUUUGCCGCAUAAAUGAUGAUGAAAGGAAAUUAUGUCUAGUACCCGUCUUUCAUUGUAUUAAAGAAACCAUCAGGAUUCAACUGAUUACAUUUUUACAGCGAGAACUGCAAAACUUCUCAUCUGUUCGUACCAGUAUAGAUAUAUGGAAAUUCGAAUUUGACCGUACAAUCGAUCAUUUACAAAUUUACGAUCCAUACGCAGAGAUUCUUGGAUUAGGAAAAAUUCGUUUUGUCGACACAAUUGAUAAAUGUGAAAUCAGGCCAUGUACUUUGUUUAUGGCUUAUAAUACCUAUCAUGCAACACCGUCUGUUGAUUCACUUGUCUCAAAUGGUUUAGUAGAUCGUCAUCAUACCACAAUUGAUAUCGAACAUGCUGUGUACAAAUUCAAUCUAUUGAAAUACGACAAAAAAUCUCUUGCUACUUAUAUUUAUAAUCCAAAGUGGGCUGAUGCACGUAAUCAAUUAGCUCUAUUGAGCUCGAUUAUCGGUAGAAGAUUAGAAUUAUCCUAUUCAUUACCAAAACUAUCGAAAACUCGUUGGCUUGAUGAUGGUAUGAUCGCACAACUAUUGAAUGGAAAACCAUCCAAAGCUGUUACUAGUGGCCAAGAUCGUUCAAUACCAUAUCUAUUUGGCUUAACGCAAGAUUUUUAUUCAUUUAUACUUGACAACAGAUCUACCAGUAUAGAUUAUAUUGAUUGUGUUGAUCUCAGUUCACGAUUAAGUAAGGAUGAUUUGAGCACGAUGUCACCAUCUAUGGUUCAACAAUGUAUCGAACAACAUCUUGGAUAUCCAUGGAAAAAUCCGAUCACGGCGAACACAUUUGCAAAAGUAUUCGCUCAAGAAUGCCUGUAUGACAUCUUAGGACCGAUUACUAACCUUCAUAUUCAUGUUGAUUCUGACGAUGCGUUACUAUAUUCUUAUGAAUUUAUCAAUCAAUUAAAAAUUGAAAAUCCAACUAUUGAAAUUGAAGUUUCGUUUGAUGAUACACUAACUGAAAAAAUCUACCAGUCAACCAUCAUUUUAACAUUUGCAUGUAAUGGAAAUUAUGUUUUAGUGUAUGUUGAGCUUGAUUGUUUUCUUCGAUAUAUUUCCACCUGUCAAUCAUUAGAAGAAAUUCAAACAAAGAUCGAAUCAUCGGUACUAUUUGAUUCUAAAUUAGAUUAUGGCCAAGCGAUAAAAUGGCAUCGAAAUCUUUCGUUUGUUUAUGCGGCUUUUCACGAAGGGUCAAAUUUCGAACAAAAUCAAGAAAUGAUUUUAUCGAAAGGUUUAAAUGAGUUAAAGUUUGUAACAAAACCUAUUUCGUUUCUUCACCAGUGGAAACCGCCGCAAUGUCGUAAAAACCAAGCUGUUCUACAUUUUGAUUUGUCAACAUAUAUUCGUGAUUGGAAAACUAUUCCAGAAAAAUAUCAACAAUUCGAUCAAUGGAUUUGGGAUGAAGACAAAGGAAUAUAUACCGGACCAUUCAUAACUUUGUAUCCAAAUACAUCAAAUUAUUGCAUUGAUAGAUAUCCUCGGCCUAAUCUGAACACAAAUGUUACGGGAAUUUAUAAUCUACUUUGCAAUAAUAUGUUAGUACUCUUUAAAUGGCGAAGCUUUUUGCUGUGGAAUUCCCACAUGCAAUGA